CUGAGAAUCUGGGGAACAGCUGCUGAGAGACUCUUUCUGAGGCUUCCCUGGCUACUACUGCUCCAAAGAAGGAUCUGAUCAGUCAGGCAAAAGAAAAUGAACGUGGCUAAACGUGUCAGAUUUUGGGACACAGUGGAUGCCAAGAAAAGUCCUUCAAGACAGAUGACAGCUGAAGAAGACAAAAGCAAUGUGACUGAACUCGCUCUAGCUUUAGUUAAUAGGGCCGUCACUGCUGCUAUUAAGGCUGUGGAAGAAGCUGAAAACCCCAUCAAAAACAUCAAAUGGAUCACACACGGUGAAUUCACAGCAGAAAGGGGGCGGCGACAAAUUGAGGAGUUCGUUUUGACUUGGGAGUAUCAGGACUGCUGGGUGCACUACACAGAUUUUAUAAAGAGGGAAGACUUGAUUCACAGCUUCCGCUACAUCUACAGUGUACGCUGGAGCCUGCCAACCGCUCAGAGACCCAUGCUACAAGUCAGUGCCUCUGCCCACUUCAGCAUCAAGAUCAACAAGAACAAGCCUCCAGAUGCACCCAUUGAUGUCUCUUAUGUCUUUGAGGGCCAGUCACUAGUUCACAGGUAAUGAACAUCUGGAGACUUUUAUUUCAAAAGGGUGGUGGAAAAAGGUCAUUACACUCCAGGAAUCCAGCAGGCCCACAGCCACAUAAUGGUCACUUUUCCUCUUUGGACCACCUACCCCAUUAGGAUGGGCUAAAAGAAUUCUGCCAUUGUUCUAGAAAUUUUUUGUGUGUGUGUUUUGUUUUUCAGUGAUUAGAAACUUAAGGAUUAGUUGCUGGAGUAGGGUAGGGGCAAAGUGGGUCAUGUCUAUUGUUUCCAUGGGAAACUUCACAAUCACAUGGAAAUAACUCAUGUAUAAUAAUCAUUUUUAUUUGUAUAGCAGCUCUCUUACAGAAUCUUUACAUAUAAGCUCAUUAAUCCUUUUAUUGAUUGGGCCUAAGGAACAGAUAGAGACAGC